AUGAUCCGGGCGUCUGCCUUGUCGCUUUCCAAGACGGCGGCUCUCCGCCGCUUGCCGUCGUCGCUCACCACUGCAGUCGCUGCACAGCUAACAACACGUUCCCCCACAUCCAGCAUUUGCCUGCUGCACCAGCAGUCAAGCAAAAUACACACGAUGCCAAGGUACCGCGCACUGGCAAACGAUAUCACCAUGCGCACGAUCCGCAAUCAGCAGACACGCGGGUACGCCAUGGGUCCGGGCGGAUUCCGCAUGGGCCAGCAGCAGGAGCCCGUGCCAGAGCCCGGCCAGGCCCUGGCCAAGUUUGGCAUCGACAUGACCGAGCUUGCCAAGCAGGGCAAGCUGGAUCCCGUUAUCGGCCGAGAUGCAACCAUCCGCCGGGUCAUCCAGAUUCUGUCGCGGCGCACCAAAAACUCGCCCAUCCUGACCGGCCGGAUCAUCAAGGGCGAGGUCCCCGAGAGCAUGAAGGAGAAGCGCCUAAUCGCACUUGACCUCGGUGCCCUUGUCGCUGGCUCCAAGUUCCGCGGCGAGUUCGAGGAGCGCCUAAAAGCCGUGCUCAAGGACAUUGAGGAUGCCCCUGACAUCCACAUGCUGCUGGGGCUGGGCAAGACUGAAGGUGGCAUGGACGGAGCCAAUCUGCUGAAGCCCGCUCUGGCCCGCGGCACCCUACACUGCCUAGGUGCCACCACGCUCGAUGAGUACAGGCAGUACAUUGAAAAGGACACCGGCCCUAGGCACGCCGCUUCCAGCCCUCCAAGUAUCGAGGUGUUCCACGGCGUGCAGGUCGCCGAUUCCGCCCUGGUCAGUGCCGCAACCCUGGCCCACCGCUACAUCACCUCUCGCCACCUGCCAGACUCCGCCAUCGACCUGAUCGAGCUGGAGAGCCUCAAGAAGGAGCAGGACGAAGCCAGCAAGGAGAGGCGCGCAACACUCGAACACGAUCUUGCCGCAAAGCAGGCCGAAGCAAAAAAGCUGACCGGGCAAUGGGACGAAGAAAAGUCCGAGCUCGAGCGUAUCAAGAGCAUCCGCAAGCGCCUGGAUGUCGUCACAAACGAGCUCGAGCACGCCCAGCGGUCUGGAAACUUUACCCGUGCGUCCGAGCUUCAGUACGGCGUUAUUCCGCAGCUCCGCCAGGAGCUCCAGGCCAAGACCGAGAGCGCCAAGAACGACAAGCUGCUCAGCGACCGCGUUACCAGCGAUGCCAUCGCGCACACAGUCUCCCGCGCCACUGGCAUCCCCGUCACCUCGCUGCAACAGAGCGAGAGGGCCAAGCUUCUGCAUAUGGAGCAGGUGCUGAAGAAGCGCGUGGUCGGCCAAGACGAAGCUAUUGCAGCCGUAUCCGAAGCCGUGCGCCUUAGUCGCUCUGGGCUCCAGGAUGACAAUCGUCCCAUGGCCUCAUUUGUGUUCGCCGGGCGCAGCGGAUCGGGCAAGACUGAGCUGUGUAAGGCAUUGGCACAGUUCCUGUUCGACACUGAAUCCGCCAUUGUCCGCAUCGACAUGUCCGAGUACAUGGAGCGCUUCUCUGUCUCGCGCCUUAUCGGCUCACCGCCCGGCUACGUCGGAUCUGAGAAGGGCGGCGAGCUGACCGAGGCCGUGCGCCGCAAGCCGUACUCUGUCAUCCUCUUUGACGAGAUUGAGAAGGCGCACCGCGACGUCGCCAACCUCCUCCUGCAGGUCCUCGACGAGGGCCACCUGACCGACUCGCAGGGCCGCAAGAUCGACUUCCGGCAGACCAUCAUCGUCUGCACAACCAACCUGGGCUCUGAUCUCCUGGCAGCCUCCGACCCCGCCUCGCCAUUCCGCCAGCUGGUGGCCCAGCAUUUCAGCCCAGAGUUCGCCAACCGCAUUGACGAGCUGAUCGUGUUCAACAGCCUGUCGCGACACGCCAUUCGCGAGAUUGUCGACGUCAGACUCGCCGAGGUUCAGCGGCACCUGGACGACAGACGCAUUGCUCUGGAGGUUUCUGGCGAGGCCAAGGAGUGGCUUGCCCAGCGCGGAUACGAUCCGAUGUACGGCGCGCGUCCGCUGAAUCGCGUUAUCCACAAGCGCUUGCUCAACCCGCUUGCACGCUGCCUGAUCGACGGCAGUGUGCGCAAUAACGAGACUGUCAAGGUUACGGUUGAGGGCAAGGACGAGGACCGCGAGCUGGUUGUUGUCAAGAACCACGAGCCCAGCGAUGGCCAUUCGGCGCAUGACGAUGGCACCGUCGACGCUGAGUUUGAGGAGAUUUCCAAGGAUGACUAA